AAUCCACACUUGCUAAUGAGAGCCAUUACUGCUCAUUGCCGCCAUUUCUCAACUGCCAAGCAAGUAAAAGACUUUGCUUCAUCAUCAUCAACCCCGAAACCUCAACCUAUUCUCAAUGAAGAUUUUUGCGGUAAAAUAUUGGACCAAUACCCAGAUAUCAGAACGUUAAGAAAGCUCCAUUCCAAGAUAUUCAAUGACCAAAAUCUUCGCUUCAACCCAUCUAUAGCCAUCAAAUUAAUGAGAGCUUAUGCAGCUUGCGGGGAACCAAAAGUCACACGCCACAUAUUCGAUGAAAUUACUGAAAAGAACAUCGUUUUCUUUAACGUCAUGAUGAGAAGCUAUGUAAACAACCGUUGCUAUCACGAUGCUCUUCUUAUAUUCAAAGAGUUAUCUACUCAUGGUUUUAGCCCUGAUCACUAUACUUACCCUUGUGCCUUAAAGGCAUGUUCCGGGUCUGAUAAUUUGCGGGUCGGUUUGCAAAUCCAUAGUUCUGUGGUUAAAGUUGGUCUGGACUUGAAUCUUUUUAUAGGGAAUGGGCUGGUUGCUAUGUAUUCGAAGUGUAAAUGUUUGGUCCAAGCACGGCGAGCUUUCAAUGAAAUGCCUAUCAGAGAUGUUGUUUCUUGGAAUUCAAUGGUUUCUGGAUACGCCCAAAAUGAAUGUUUUGAUAAAGCAUUGGAUGUUUGUAGGGAAAUGGAGUUAUUGCGGAUACAACCCGAUGCUGGGACUAUGUCCAGCCUAUUACCAGCAGUGACCAACACUUCCUCUGAUAAUAUUUUGUAUGUUAAAGAAAUGUUUUGGAAGUUGGCUAAAAAAAGUGUGGUUUCUUGGAAUGUGAUGAUUUCGGUUUUUGUGAACAAUUCAUUGUCAAGUGAAGCUGCCGAUUUGUAUUCACUUAUGGAGGCAUACAGGAUCGAACCAGAUUCUUUUACCAUUGCUAGUAUCCUUCCUGCUUGUGGUGAUCUUUCGGCUAUUUUUCUUGGAAGACUAAUUCAUGAAUAUAUCGAUAGGAAGAAACUUCUUCCAAAUUUGGCACUGGAGAAUGCAUUGAUCGACAUGUAUGCAAAAUGUGGAUGCUUAAAAGAAGCAAAGGCGGUGUUUGAUCAGAUGAAUUUUCGGGAUAUUGUGUCAUGGACUUCUAUGAUCUCAGCUUAUGGGAUGAGUGGCCAAGGUUACAAUGCUGUGGCCCUUUUCUCUAAAAUGCAGAACUCAGGUCUGACUCCAGAUUCUAUUGCAUUUGUCUCAGUUCUUUCAGCUUGUAGCCAUGCGGGGUUACUGGACCAAGGGUGGUAUUUCUUUAACUUGAUGACGGACCAGCAUAAGAUUGUUCCGAGGGUAGAACAUUUUUCUUGUAUGGUAGACUUACUUGGACGUUCCGGGCAAGUAGAGGAAGCCUAUAAUUUCAUCAGAAAGAUGCCAAUAGAACCUACUGAGAGGAUAUGGGGAACUUUGUUGGGUGCCUGUUGGAUGCACUCUAACAUGAAUAUUGGACUCCUUGCUGCUGAUCAUCUUUUUCGAUUGGCACACGAGCCAUCUGGUUAUUAUGUCUUGUUAUCGAACAUAUAUGCGAAGGCUGGUAGAUGGGAAGAUGUUACAACUGUUAGAUCAAUCAUGAAGAGCAAAGGGAUCAAGAAAAUGGCUGGUGCUAGCAAUACUGAGAUCAACAAUCAGGUUUAUACCUUUCUUGCUGGUGAUCAGUCACAUCCACAGUCAAAGGACAUCUACGAAAAAUUAGACUUUCUGGUGGGGAAGAUGAAAGAGGCCGGUUAUGUCCCGGAAACUCAGUCCGCACUUCAUGAUGUUGAGGAGGAAGAUAAGGAAGGUCACCUGGCUGUUCACAGUGAGAAGUUGGCUAUUGUUUUUGCCAUUUUAAAUACUAAAUCGGGGACACCUAUUCGAAUCACCAAGAAUCUCCGUAUCUGCAGGGAUUGCCAUAUUGCUGCUAAGCUCAUUUCACAGAUCACUGAACGUGAAAUCAUGGUCAGGGAUACUUAUAGGUUUCAUCAUUUCCAGAAAGGUGUUUGCUCAUGUGGAGAUUACUGGUGAAUCAAUUUUGGAAAACUGCUGCUGAAUUCGCAUAAUACGGGAAUAUAAGCAACAGAGAUCCGUUGUCCAUCAUUUGAUUGGAUCUGGCACGACCUAGUUGUAUGUUGGUCUUGGCACUACGGGCUGCCAUUGCUGUCAUUGUACCCAAAAGUCUCUAAGUGGCCAGGUUCAAAAUCUGUUUAUCUGUUUAUCUUGAGAGGUAGUUGGUGAGUGGUGUAAUAUACGCUUCAUUUAGUUUAAAAAGCUGGGAAUGUGUUUAUGCUUAGUUAAUUUAUUCACCAAUACUUCCUUGUCUUAUAUUCUGGUAUGAAAUAUCAGAUAUGGACAGUUUUUUUAAGCAACACUUCUCAUUAGUAAUAAACAAGGCUGGAGCCUUGCGUGUAACCAAAA